AUGGCGUCCCCUGAGCCUGAUCAACAUCCGCAGCAGGCCCCGGAGACUUCGGUGGCGCCGGAUACUUCGGUGGCGCCCGAGAAGAACAACUUUUCCGACCAGGAAGAUCCCGAGACCGCACUGGACCAUGCCGUGGUCGGCAAGCCGUGGAUGUACAAGCCGAUGAUCAAAAUCGGCAAAUGGGAAUCUUCCUGGUUCGCAUCGCCUGAGACGCAGCUAUAUCUCGUCUCUUUCGUCUGCUUCCUGUGUCCCGGCAUGUUUAAUGCCGUCAGUGGUCUGGGUGGCGGUGGCCAAGUCAACCCGACCGAUGUGAACAACUCCAACACGGCCCUGUACAGUACCUUUGCCGUGGUUGGCUUCUUCGCCGGCUCCAUCGCCAACCGGAUUGGCGUCCGACUGGCCCUGUCUCUGGGUGGUUUCGGCUAUUUCCUCUAUGUCGCUGCCCUUCUGUGCUACAAUAUCAACCACAAUGCCGGUUUCCUCAUUUUUUCCGGAGCUUUUCUCGGUGUCUGUGCCGGUCUUCUCUGGUGUGCCCAGGGUGCCGUCAUGAUGAGUUACCCGCUCGAGCACGAAAAGGGCAAGUACAUUGCCAUCUUCUGGGUUAUCUUCAACCUGGGUGGUGUUGUUGGUAGCUUGGUCCCGCUGGGUCAAAACAUUCACAGCACUAACGGCAAAGUCAACAACGGCACGUACAUCGCUUUCCUGGUGCUGAUGGCAGUGGGUUUCGCCCUGUGCUGGGUUCUCUCCGAUACCAAGUACAUCAAGCGCAAGGACGGCUCCCGUGUCAUCGUGAUCAAGAACCCUACCUGGAAGUCCGAGUUCCUGGGCCUGUGGGAGACCCUGAGGAGCGACUCGUACAUCAUCCUCAUGUUCCCCAUGUUCCUGGCCAGUAACUGGUUCUACGCGUACCACUUCAACUCCGUUAACCUCGCCUAUUUCACCGUCCGCACUCGCGCCCUGAACAGUCUCCUAUACUGGCUCAUGCAGAUGGUGGGUGCCUUUGUCUUCGGUCAGCUCUUGGACAUGAAGUGCUUUUCGCGCCCAACUCGUGCCAAGAUCAACUUUGGUGUCCUCAUCGCCAUCACCCUGGGCAUUUGGGGUGGUGGCUAUGCUUUCCAGAAGACAUACACUCGGGAGACCGUCAGGGGCGACACCGAUUGGUCGGACGGCAGCUAUAUCGGACCUAUGUUCCUUUACAUGUUCUACGGCUUCUACGAUGCUGCCUUCCAGACCUGCGCAUACUGGUAUAUGGGAUCCCUGUCCAACAACGCCCGCAAACUCGCCAACUUCGCCGGUUUCUACAAGGGCAUCCAGUCUGCAGGUGCAGCCGGAAUGUGGCGUCUGGACGCUCAGAAGACCCCCUUUAUGACUGAGUUCGCGUCCUGCUGGGGUCUGCUCCUUGGUAGCAUGCUCAUCGCCUCGCCCGUGAUUUUCUUCAAGAUCAAGGACAGCACCGACGUUGCUCAGGAUCUGCAGUUCUCCGAUGAGACCACUGCCGACGUCCUGGGUGACAGGCAUGAGGACUCUUACGAGAUGGAGAAACCCGAGGCCCCUCACCACGAGGACUCUAAGACGUCUGCCUAA